AUGCCCACGAGGCUAACGACGACGAUAUGCCCGGAGGAAUAUCACACAAACAGAAACGCACAGGAGAUUUGGUUAUUUGAAAGAGGAGGAAAGAGGCAGCUCGAAUCGGAGGACGAAGAUCCCUACGCGCAGGAGCGCAACAGCACAUGGUUCGCAAAACCAGAAGGGUCAACGUCUGGUCUGACAGCCAACGUUGGGAAUUUAUACGGCCUAACAAAGCGUGUCGUCGCACGCAUGUUUGGAAAGUGA